AUCAGAAGUUUCAGUUGGUGAUGUGUAAGCUUGAAUUGAACCAGAAUAUAUUGUCUUCUAUAUUCUGGUUCAAUUUUGAUAACUUUUUCAUGUCUUUUAUAGUGAUCAUUUUGAGUCGUACAAUGUUCUAUGUAUUCAUUACUCAGUUAAAGUCUCUGUUUGUUCCCGCCAAAGUUGCAGCGCAUCACAUUCCUAUAAAAAUUGAAGAACAUAGAGUUCAGGAGGCUCAAAGUGAAGUAGGAGGCUCGUUCCCACAACUGAGGAUUGUGGACCCACCAGACCUCACUAACAAAAGGGCGGAUAUCAGGGAAGAUAAAUUGGAUAUAUCAUCUUGUCUAGAAGUGGACCAGCACAAAAUUGGUGGCAGCGGCCCAUGUAAACCUGCUCAUGUGGAAAUCUCGAAAUCUGAAUCUAUUUGGGGUGGAGUUAAAGUCAUAGAGUUGGAGAAAGAAGCAGAUUAUUUUGAGGCAAAUGAAUCAGAUUCCAACUCGAAACUAGAGAAGAACUCUACCACUAAUCAAGUGAUAAACCAUAUUGAACACAUCAAGGGAGAUAGAGUGGGACAUGUGAGAGAUGAUGAAAUGGCUGAGAGUGCACAGCAUGAAGCGAUUCCUCACAGGAAAAGAAAGCGUACCAUAAUGAAUGCUAAACAAUUAAGUAUUAUAGAGAGUGCCCUCAUGUUGGAACCUGGGUUGCAGCGAAAUAAAGGUUCUUUAGAUUUCUGGGCUAAUGAAUUAUGUGUCCAUGGUCCUGAGGUUUCAAGAGCCCAGCUUAAAAAUUGGCUGAAUAACCGAAGAGCAAAGCUUGCUCGUGCUGUUAAGGAUGGAUGUAUGUCAUCUGAAGGAGACAAUCCUCCUGAGAAACAGGGCGGCACUGUAUUAAUCUAUCCAUUAGAUUCAGCUGGCGACCCUGCUGAUGAUAUCACCUCAAGAGAUACUGUUGCUAAUGGGAACUCAAGAACUGUGACUGGAUCCAGUCAAUCCACCAAGUGCCAGCCAGGCCAGUACGUCAUGCUCUUAAAUGACAAAAAUGAAGAGAUUGGAAAAGCAAAGGUUUUUCAGGUUAGUGGCAAAUGGCAUGGGAAGGAUGUGGAUGAGCUAGGCACAUGUGUUGUGGACAUUGUUGAUCUGAAAGUUGAUAGGUUAUCUUGGCUUCCAUACCCUUCUGAAGCCACAGGUACCUCGUUUGAACAAGCCGAAAGAAAAUUCGGGUUCAUGAGAGUCAUGUGGGAUUCAACCAAUCUAUUUGGGUUUCCUCGGUGAAACAACGCACCCUUUUUUAUGGGAAGGGCACACUAAUUUUGGGAAAAAAAUGAGCGGUUCGAGCAAGGAAUGCCGACUCGGAGACUCUUGGUGGGUGGGUGCUUGAUGCAGAAACAGAGUGAAGGAAUGAAUACCAACUGGUAAGGUUUUCUGUUUUCAAAUGUUUCAUCUCAUCAAUAUGACCAAACACUUGAGACUGGACAAGACAAUGAAGUGUUGUUUUGUUGCAUGUUUAUAUAUGCUCCAAAUGUAUGCUACUUGUAAAUUACAUCUAAUCUAUGUUUGAUUCUAUUUUUUUUAUAUUAAAGACCUGUUUGAGAA